UCAGAGCGUACAGAUAGAUCUUUGUCUGUGGGAUAGGGUGGAGCUUCACCGUUAUUGUCUGUGUCUAAUUUAAGCACCCACUCGGAGGCUCACCCUUCUAUAUACAUAGUGCGUGAUGAACCCAUUUUCCAUUCUUUCAUUUCAUUCUCUUUGAAUUCUCACAAGAGAUUCUUGAUGCCCUUUCUGCUGGACCGGUUUUCUAGUUUCUUCCUCAAUUCUGGGCACGUUCUCCCGCAAGGCUCCUUUGUUUGAAUGGAAGAUGUGAAAGCCGCCAACAAGAUGCCUUCACCUAAGGCCGAAUCCUAUCCAUCCACCAAGAAUGACCUUUUGGAUACUGAAGAACAAGGGGAACCAAAUGCGAAGAGGAAAGUGGAAUCUGACCCUAAAAUGCCGACAUUGGAAAACGUUGAGAACCUUACAGUCUGCGAUGGUUCAAAUGACAAUACCUUAGGACAUAGUCAACAUUCAGCAAGUGGCUCUGCUUCAACCUCUCCAGUUAAAGCUGAUGAUUCAAAACUCAACCGGGAAGGCACCUUCAUAGAAGCUAGAAUUGGCAGCGCACCAACUGGUUUUGAUGGCGCUCCACAGGGUGGAGAUGAAAUUCAUCCAAUAUACGAAACUAAGCAUGAUGAUCCUCGUGCAGUUGCAGAGGAUCCUAAUACUGAAGAAGUAACAGAUCCCUCUAAUGGAGAAAAUCUUCAAACAGCAACUUAAUGAGUCUCGACUCCAUUCCAGUCCAUUACUUGAGAAUAAACCCUACUUUUGAAAUGGAAGGUUCUGAAGGUGAACACCGCUCAAUAGCUUCCAAUGAUGUCUCUUUUCCUACUCAGGAUGUGACAAGUGCCUUUGGUGACACAUCAGAAUUUGUCAAUACUUCUGAAAAUGUUAUGGAAGUCGAAGAAGACAGAGGCCUUAUUGAUACGGCUGCUCCAUUUGAAUCGGUGAAAGAAGCAGUUUCCAAGUUUGGAGGAAUUCUCGAUUGGAAAGCUCACAAGAUCAAAGCUGUGGAGAGACGCCAGUUUGUCGAAGAAGAACUCGAGAAGGCACAGGAGGAGAUGCCCAUAUACAGGAAACGGUCAGAACUAGCUGAGGAGGAAAAACUGCGUGUCCUAAAGGAGCUAGACAACAGUAAGAGACUUGUCGAAGAAUUAAAGCUCAACCUGGAGAGGGCACAAACAGAAGAGUAUCAGGCGAGGCAAGACUCCGAGCUUGCCUUGCUCAGGGUUGAAGAGAUGGAUCAAGGAAUUGCUGAGGAUGCUAGCUAUGCUGCCAAGGCACAACUGGAAGUAGCUAAAGCUAGACACACAGCUGCAGUUUCAGAGCUACAAUCCGUGAGGGAAGACUUAGAAGCCCUUGCAAAGGAAUAUAAUUCUUUAAUAGAGGAGAGAGAUAUAGCAGUAAAGAAAGCUGAAGAGGCAGUUCUCGAGUCGAAGGAUGUGGAGAAGAUGGUGGAGGUUCUCACUAUUGAGCUAAUUACCGCAAAGGAGUCCUUAGAGUCCGCACAAGCUGCCCAUCUAGAGGCGGAGGAACAGCGCAUAGGAGCGGCAAUGGUCAAAGAACAAGAUUGUCUUAGUUGGGAGAGAGGACUAAAAGAGGCAGAACAGGAACUCCAGAAUCUGAGCCAUCAAGUUCAGACAGCUGAAGGUCUUAAGUCAAAGCUAGACGUUGCUUCGGCCUUUCUCCUGGAUUUGAAAGCUGAACUGGCAGUGUACAUGGAGUCAAAAUUGAAGCAAGAAUUGGAAGCAGAGGCAAAAGGAGAUUUGGCGGAGGGGGAGAAUAGAACUCAUGCCAAUUGGCAAGCUACGGUUGCUUCUGCAGAGAAAGAACUUCAGGAGGUGAAGUUAAACAUGGAGAAAGCUACUGCAGAAGUGAACUGUUUGAAGGUUGCUGCUGCAGCAUUGGAAUCAGAGAUUGAAAGAGAAAAAUCAGAUCUUGCGAACAUUAGACAGAGAGAAGAAAUGGCAGCAGUGGCUGUUGCAUCCCUCAAGGCAGAGGUCGACCGAACCAGGUCGGAAAUAUCUAAACUCAAGGAAAAAGAGGAGGAAGCCCGAGAGAAGAUGGUGGAGCUUCCCAAACAAUUACAGAAAGCAGCACAAGAGGCUGAUCAGGCCAAGGGGCUCGCUCAGCUGGCUCAUGAAGAGAUGAACAAGGCCAAGGAAGAUGCAGAGCUAGCAAAAGCUGGGGCAGCAACAACAGAAAGCCGAUUACAAGCUGUUCUAAAAGAGAUUGAGGCUGCCAAAGCUUCAGAGAAAUUGGCAAUAUCUGCCAUUAAAGCGUUGCAAGAGAGCGAAUUCGCUCAGAACAGCGAUGGUGUGGAUGAAUCUCCGAGAAUAACAGUUUCUCUCGAGGAGUAUUACGAACUCAGCAGACGGGCGCACGAAGCAGAGGAGCUAGCAAACAUGAGAGUGGCAUCUGCUAUUUCACAAAUUGAGGUGGCCAAGGAGUCGGAAAUGCAAAGCUUGGAGAUGUUGGAAGAAGUCAACGACGAGAAGACUAAGAGGAAGGAAGUGUUACGAGACGCCAUGGACAAGGCCGAGAAGGCCCAGGAAGGAAAGUUGAGCAUAGAACAGGAACUGAGGAAGUGGAGGGGUGAACAUGAAAAUCGACGCAAGGGAAGUGAACCAAAUCAAGGACUAUCGACCACAAUGAACGGUUUCGAAGAGAUGAGGGAGUCCAGUAACUUUAUAAGGAUACCCAAACCAGCUGUUCACGCCAACUAUAUGUCAAGUCCAUCACCUUAUGUGUACGGGAGUAGCACGGAACCUGAAUCCUCCCCCGAAGUAAAGGCUGUCAAGAAAAAGAAGAGAUCGCUCUUUCCACGAUUACUAUUGUUUUUGGGCAGAAGAAAGGCACACUCAUCCAAGUCAUCAUAAUACUCCGGUACAUUUUUUCUUUUUGUGACUUUCAGUUCAUGCGGGCAACUUUACUUGGGAGACCUCUUGAAUGUAGAUGUCAACUACAUACUAUACAGUUAAUAGAUAUACCUUGGCCUCCACAGGACUUAAUUGCAACAGGUGGUUGUGUUGUAAUAAGCAAUCAGAUUAUAUCUGAUAUCUGGUUGGCAAAAGUGUUACAUACGACAGCUUUAGUCCUGUCUAUAUUGUGAUUCGGCACCACUUGGAGUUGUGAAUUGCUGGAAUCAGUUUCUCAGGAGUAUUAGCCUGUCGAAUCAAA